UGAUCGUUUGGAAUUCUGGGAGCAGUCAUGUGUAACAAAGGGAAGGUGCGUGGGAGUGCAGACAACUUUUGACGGUGAUGGAAGAAAAGUUUUCUGUUUCUGGCGAUUAAAAUAUGUUUAGUCUUAAUCUCGAGUGGUAAUGGAUUCACCGUAAUCAUCUUGGCCAGAUUACACACUGACUACUUAAAGGUUUCAUUGAAGACACUCCCACAUAAUGUUGUUUCUAGUGAAUUUUGUAGUCUUGACAUUUAUCCCCGUGUUGUGUGGAUUCCAGCACUGCAAGACGGGACAGUACUGGAGCAAGGAACUGAAGACUUGUAAGAUCUGCUCAACGUGCCCCACCAAUAACAUCAUUCGAAAACCCUGCACUCGAUACCUAGAUACAGUGUGUACCAAGUUUUUUGAGUUCCAGGAUUUUAACUCUGUGAGUGACGAUGGUGGAAAGGGCUACCACUAUUCGCUUGAUCCCCCUGACGCUCGGAGAGGAGAGCAAACCGAUGUGUUGGUUCCAGUGGUGGAGAUUGACGAAAUGCCGACGAUAACAAAAGAUGUUGGACAGUACUGGAAAAACCUUGCCUUUGCACUCAUUGGUGUUUUGUGUGCUUUGAUUGUUUUAGCGACUAUCAUUGUGUUUUUUGCUUGUCGCAAGUUGCAGGCAACAACACAUAUCAAGAGUCCUGAAGAUUAUGAUGAUGAUGCCGAUAGUGGUUAUGUCGUCAUCAGACAGAUUCGUCUUGCUGCACCACAGAGGGAGGCAACUAUGCCAUUGCAUAACCCAUGUGACCCGCCCAUAAAUGCUAGUCGUUCACUGAGAGGACAGAGGGUGCCGUGGGGGUACCGCCCCAAGAGACGCUUGUUGUCGGAUUUAGAGUACACGGACGAUGUUUUCGAGAGUGAGGAUUCUGCGGGUUCACGGUCAAGUCGCAAGAUGGCCUUGUCCGUCAUUCAUGAACGGUCGGACAGUGAAGGAGCAGCAGAAAAUGCUUAAACUAGAAAUUAAACUCAUUUUGAACACGAGUUCACAGUGAACAGAUAAAAAUAUAUGUACUAAUUAAUACCACCAUGACACUUGUGAUGUAAGAAUGUUUCAAGAUAUGUACAAAUGCAAAUCAGAUUUACAAGAAACAUUUUAUUUUGCUGUAACUCAAAAUUGUUAUGAUAUAAUCCUUAGAGGCACUUUCAGAAUUAUCAAAAUUAUAGUACAAACCUUUUGCUUGUGGUAGGGGCUUAAAUUCCACUAUAUCUUAUAGGCUUUUACAAUGGAGGGGGUGGGGGCAAUGUUUCUGUCAGAAAGCAAUGCCACUCCGAACUAUGCCUUCGAUGAGGAAAGACGUGUCGCUCUGCUCUCUCAAACCGCCUGGAGCCUAGCCAUCUCCAAAAUUAAGGGCCAGUACGCUCAAUACUUGGUCGGGGACACCUCGGACACCAGCUCACUGCCGGGAGGCAUUCUUGAGGGCAAUUUAAGAAGUUUCCUGACGGAGUUGAGUGUGCCAUCCACGCCAUGGAAUUACGAGACAGGAAGUUUGGACUUGUGGUGACAUCGCGCUGAGAUGAUCUCUACAGACAGGGAAUACUCUUCGAAAACAUGGACAACUACACCGUCCACAGAGUACUGAAGAUCAUCGCCAGCACCCAUUAAGCUAUGGUCCCACAGAGCCUGCGUUGGUAUACGAUGGGCUACGAUGGUAGCAUCGUGGAGCAUCGUGGAGCCCAUCCUGCAUCGACGUACGAUUGUGUGGCCUCCGAGAGCCAUCGUAGAGCAUCGGGGAGCCCAUCCUGCGUCGACGUACGAUUUUGUGGCCUCCGAGAGCCAUCGUAGGUUGGAAAAUCAUCUUUUGAAAUGUUUAAAAGAUGGUCUACGAUGGUCAACGUCGUAGGCCGUCGGACAAUGUCGUAGACUAUCGUAUGACCACGUAGAUAACUUUCACUUGUCCACAGGUAAAUACCUGACACGUAUGAUAUCGUACGGCAUCGUUGGAAAUCGUACGACGAUCCUGCGAGGACGCAGGAUCAUGCUGGGUCCUCGUAGCCACUUUGGGAGUAUAUAAACACCAGCCAUCACUUCGUUAUCAUCAGUUCGAGCCGACUUGUUCAAAGUGAUUCAUCAUGGCGCUGAUUUCACCUUUUGCCAUCUUCAAAUAGUUGUGUACUGAACUAAAAGUGGAAUUGAACUUAAUUAUAUACCAUACUGUGAUGACGCAGGACGUCGUACGAUGUCGUAGACCAUCGUACGACCACGUGGGCCUAUCGCGGGAUGCUCGUGCGAUGUCGUACGAUGACGUGCGUCGUCGUAUGAUUGCAAUAGCAUAAUAUUUUAUUGUCUACCAUCGCGGGCCAUCGUAGGUUUAGGCCAUCGUAGCCCAUCGUAUACCAAUGCAGGCUCUGUGGGACCAUAGCUUUACGUCGAGCUAAGACCUUGCUAGCCCACCGUUGGAGGAAACUGGUGCCACAGUUCAACGCCAAGCACUUCAUCUCGUCCACGUAGUCACCAACCGUUCUAAGGGCUUAGUUGGACUUUAAAUGGGGUUUUUGGGGGGGGGGGGGGGGGUUGUAAACAGUCCGACACACUUUAUUUUGGUCGAGCACUCUAAUUUUGUUCUUUGGACUUAAAUGUUUGUCCAGAUAUGAGUUGUAUGAAUGAGCUCAUUUUGGCUUUAGGUCUUUGACUUAAUGACUAAAUUCGUAUUCCAAAUUCCACCCACCUUAAACUCACCCCGGCCCGGACCAUAUAGAUCGGACUUUAAACUUUUAGA